UCGAGACAGUCAAAAAAUAUUUGUUUACGUUUUGGGACACCGAUGACAAAGUCCACGAAACUCCUCUCUCUCUAGGUCUGCCUUGACUCGGAGGCUUUGACGACAUCCAGUCGUGUGGAUAUUUAGCCGUAGUCAGCCUCUAGAAGUAGAUAUGCCAUAUGCGUCCUGACUUCGCUCGAGACUAGUACAGUUCCGUAGACACGUAGAAAAGAUCUUGCAGAACUGCAAACCUUUCGAGGAGAAGCCGGGUCCCGAACUUCAUAUUAUGGACAAGUAGCCUCCGGUGCCAGCGAUUCAAGUGUGUGUAUCGGUUCUUUGUUUUACCAAAGAUUUGCAUUUCAAGGGCAGCAGUUCGGGUGUACCUAGUUAUGAUGGUGACGUUACAGAGAACAGUGUUUCUAGUAGUGCUCAUCAUUUAUCUCUGUGCAUCUCAGUCGUCAUGCCGUUCUCUAAAUAUCAAGACAUCACUGCAAGUCGAAAUCGGAGUACAUGAUGAACAGGUCGAGAUUUCAUUCGAGAAAGGAGUUAGAAAUGACUUCGAUAUUGAUGGUGCAUGUGAAGACUUCUUCGUAGAAGAUCCAACUGAUUGUCCCAAGAUGAGAUCUCGGAUUGAAUCUAAGAUGAAUUGAAGGAUUCCUCAAAGAAGGAUGCAAGAGAAGAAGUUAAAGAGCUCUCUGCUCAUGGUCACUCUUUCGACUUUCCACAAGUGAAUUAGAAGUUGUGCGGAACAUGUUUUUGUAUCGGGGGUUUUGAACCACCCUGCGGGUAGGGAAUUAGAAAUUAUGGACAGCCCUGUUUAAGUUUCGAGCUCGCGUCCUCGCUUUCAAUCAAUAGUUGAUAGAAAUUCGUAGCAUUGUACAGCAGACUUGUAUUAUUGUAGCGACUGGAAAAUUUUCUAAAUUUCUUUUAGGAAUUAUCCUCCUUGUUGUAAAAAUCAAAGGCUUCAAAUAAGCUAGCAUUAUGACAAAGGCACUCAAAAUUUCAGUAUAAUGGUCAGAAAUCAACCCCGUUGUAUGAGCUUCCAUCGACAUCAAACCUCCUCUAGAUACAAUUAUGGAUUCACUU